AUGAUACGUUUCUCUAUCUCUGUGUUUGUGUUUGCUAUUCUUCUUUCAAUAUGCUCCUCUACAAACAAAGUUGUGGACGUGGAUGCUAUUUGCAAACAAACAAAGGAUCCUUCAUUUUGUUCAAAUCUUCUGAAUUCGAAGCCUGGAGGUGUCGGCCAAGAUCUUGUCAGCCUUGUACAAUACACCCUUGAUGUCGCUCUUUCCAACACGACCAACACCGUCCACUUAAUCGAAGUUUUAAUCGCACAAAACGGCAGUGAUGUUGAGGCACAAUUUCACUACAACGUAUGUUACCGUCGUUUUGUGAGUGUUAUUGGUGGGAUUGUGAAUGCUCGAGAAAGCUUGAAGUUGAGAGAUUAUUACAAUGCGAUUAGUUCUGUAAGUUAUAUAAGACUGAUGAUUGAUUAUUGUCUCAAGGCAAGUGGUCCUGGUGAACCUCCUUAUCAUGGUAACCCUAUGGUGCCAAAAUAUGCUGAUGUCGUCGAUCAAGUUGCUAUUAUAAUGGAUUUUAUUUUAAGAAAAAUUUGUGAUGAUAAAAGUCAUUAUAAUUUGUGUUUCUUUACAACCUCAACUAAAUGGGUUAUUGAUCCAUCUAAAUACUAUAGAUGA